CAGUGGCUGUCAUUUUGACAAUUUCUCGAUUUGUUUUCAAUUGUCAAAAAACAGCUGAUUAUUAAUUAUAAAUGUUAAAUAAUGUCAUCGGCACAUUUGUCGAGUGGAAGAUGGAAUGUGGGAUUAAUACAAGAAGAAGCAAGAAAGCAACUGCUUUAUUUGCUUGAAAAAUGCGAAGGAACCAAGGCAAUUGUUUGGGAUAAAUCGCUUGCAGGGCCAAUUGGUCUCGUUGCAAAAUACAGUUUAUUGCAAGAACACGAUGUAGUCAAAAUGUACCCACUGGGCGAAGGCCCUCUUCCCAAAAUAAAUGUGGCAAAUAUUAUAUUUAUCACACGACCGCAACUUGAUCUGAUGGAUUUAAUAGCUCAGAUUGUUCACGGAGAGGAAGGAAUAAGACCACGCAAAGAAUUUCACAUUUUUUUCGUGCCACGUCAGAGUCUCCUCUGCGAGCAAAAGCUCAAAAAUCGAGGAGUCUACGGCAGUUUCACCCUGAUUGAGAAAUUCGCCUGUGAUCUUUUUCCCUUCGACAAUGACCUCGUGUCCAUGGAACUCAGUGGCGCUUUUCGCGAAUUCGUUCUCGAAAAUGACCCCACUUGUCUCUACCAAGUAGCGAGAGCGAUUCAAAGUUUGCAGAGACUCUACGGAAAAAUUCCAAAAGUUACGGGCAGAGGACCGGCCGCGAACAAAGUUUGGGAACUGCUUCAAAGACUCAAUCGAGAGGAAGAGGAGACGAAGCAAAAUGGCACUCAGACUUCUGUUAUCGAGCAUUUGUUGCUUUUUGAUAGAUCUACUGAUUUGUUGUCGCCUCUCGUCACCCAAUUAACCUACGAGGGACUCAUCGACGAAAUAUUUGGAAUCAGUAACACGACAGUUCAAUUGCCGGCAGACAAAUUCCACGAUUCUGACGAAUCACCGACCGUAAUGUCCCUCGAUAAAAAAGAACAGAUAAUUCUUAAUUCCGGAGAAGAAAUUUUCGCUGAAAUUAGGGAUAAAAACUUCAAUGGCGUGGGGCCAGUUUUAAGUCGAAAGGCAAAAGUUAUUUCGUCGCAAUUUGAUGAGAGGCAUGGCGAAAAAAGUGUGCAAGAAAUUAAACAAUUUGUUGCAAGAUUGCCGCACAUGUUAGCAACGAAACAAUCACUAGCGAAACACACGACGAUAGCGGAGAUGAUAAAAGAAGUGACAGACUCGAAUUCAUUUCUCGAAUCUCUCCAGGUGGAACAAGAAUUGCUAAACUGCAUCGACACCGACAAACCAAAUUCCUUCAUAGAAGAUUUGAUUGCUCAACAAGCCCCACUUUCCUCAAUUCUGAGACUUCUUUGUAUCCAAUCUCUCACAAAUUCGGGCCUGAAAUCGAAAGUUCUCGAUUACUAUAAAAGAGAAAUUAUCCAGACUUACGGAUAUCAGCAUCUUCCGACUCUAUUGAAUUUGGAAAAAGCUGGUUUUUUGAAAUUGCAACAGUCGAAUCGGCAGUAUACGGUGUUGAGGAAAGCUUUGAAACUCACGGUCGAGGACGAGAGUGAAAUUACACCGAAGGAUAUUAGCUACGUGCAUUCAAUUUACGCUCCUCUGAGUGUCAGACUUGCAGAAAAAUUGGUCCAGGGAGGCUGGGAAGGAAUUACGGAUUUCCUGGGUCUCUUACCGGGACCUACUAUUGAAAAUGGUUCUACGAAUUCAAAUCCGACCGGCAGAACCGAGAGGAGGAAUUCGAUUACAAGCGAGAAUUCUACUACGGAUCCACCAAAGUUGAUGCUCGUAUUUUUUAUCGGCGGUUGUACAUACGCUGAAAUUUCUGCACUUCGGUUUCUUUCCCAACAAGAAGAUUUGAAUGUCGAAUUUGUUGUGGGAACGACAAAACUAAUCAAUGGAAAUACAUUCCUGGCUUCUUUGAUGGAAGACCUACAAAACUGAAAUUUUUCUAUUAUAUCAAAAUAGAUGUGUAUUAUAUAUAUUUGUAUA